AUGGCCGAGCUGCCCGUCCCGGAGCUGCCAGCCGCCCUGUCCCGCUGCAGCGGCCGCUUCACCAUCAGCACCCUCCUGGGCACGGAGGAGGGUGGCCGGGGUCCCUACACCCCCCCCGAGGGGGCCGGCUGCGACAGCCCCCACCCCACCCACCUCUCGGGCAGCACCCUGGGCACCAGGACCUUCGGCUACAACACGGUGGACGUGGUGCCGGCCUACGAGCACUACGCCAACAGCAAGGUGGGGGGCGAUGGGGGCAAGGGCAGGCCCUCGCUGGCGGAUCUCCACUCCAUCCUCAAGCCGGACCCAGGCCGUCUCCACCCGCCGGUGUCCGACCCGCAGCGCAGCAACGGCCUCCCCGAGGAGGCGCCGGGGGAGCCGGGCAGAGCCCCCCAACCCGAGCCCGUCCGCUUCGGAUGGGUGAAGGGCGUGAUGAUCCGCUGCAUGCUGAACAUCUGGGGAGUCAUCCUCUACUUGCGCUUGCCCUGGAUCACCGCCCAGGCAGGAAUCGCUCUGACAUGGCUCAUCAUCCUGAUGUCCGUGACGGUGACCACCAUCACCGGCUUGUCCAUCUCCGCCAUAUCCACCAACGGCAAAGUGAAGUCAGGGGGCACCUACUUCCUCAUCUCCCGGAGCCUGGGGCCGGAGCUGGGAGGAUCCAUCGGGCUGAUCUUUGCCUUCGCCAACGCGGUGGCCGUGGCCAUGCACACGGUGGGCUUCGCCGAAACUGUCCGGGACCUGCUGCAGGAGCACAACUCCCUCAUCGUGGACCCCACCAACGACAUCCGCAUCAUCGGGGUCGUCACCGUCACGGUGCUGCUGGGCAUCUCCCUGGCCGGCAUGGAGUGGGAGGCCAAGGCACAGAUACUGUUUUUCCUGGUCAUCCUGGUUUCCUUCAUAAAUUACCUGGUGGGGACGGUGAUCCCAGCCACCGCCGAGAAGCAAGCGAAGGGCUUCUUCAGCUACCGAGCCGAAAUCUUCGCCCAGAACUUCGUGCCCAACUGGCGUGGACCCGAGGGCUCCUUCUUUGGCUUGUUUUCCAUUUUCUUCCCAUCGGCAACUGGCAUCCUGGCUGGGGCCAACAUUUCAGGUGACCUGAAGGAUCCCGCCGUGGCCAUCCCCAAGGGCACCUUGAUGGCCAUCUUCUGGACCACCGUGUCCUACCUGGUGCUUUCUGCUACCAUCGGUGCCUGCGUGGUCCGGGACGCCUCGGGCAGCCUGAACGACAGCGUGGGGCUGGGGUCCCCGGGCUGCGAGGGGCUGGCCUGCCACUACGGCUGGAACUUCACCGCCUGCGCCCAGCGGCAGAGCUGCCGAUACGGGCUCAGCAACUACUACCAGAGCAUGAGCAUGGUGUCCGGAUUCGGCCCCCUCAUCACGGCGGGGAUCUUCGGUGCCACCCUCUCCUCGGCGCUGGCCUGCCUUGUCUCAGCCCCCAAAGUCUUCCAGUGUCUCUGCAGGGACCAGCUCUAUCCUCUCAUAGGCUUUUUCGGGAAGGGCUACGGGAGGAACAGCGAGCCCAUCCGUGGCUACAUGCUCACCUACGUCAUCGCCGUCGGCUUCAUCCUCAUCGCCGAGCUCAACGCCAUCGCCCCCAUCAUCUCCAACUUCUUCCUCUGCUCCUACGCCCUCAUCAACUUCAGCUGCUUCCACGCCUCCAUCACCAACUCCCCAGGCUGGCGACCCUCCUUUCGGUAUUACAGCAAGUGGGCCGCCCUCUUUGGGGCCGCCAUCUCGGUGGUCAUCAUGUUCCUGCUGACCUGGUGGGCAGCCCUCAUCGCCUUCGGCAUCGUCAUCUUCCUCCUGGGAUACGUCCUCUACAAGAAGCCGGAUGUCAACUGGGGCUCCUCCAUGCAAGCCAGCUCUUACAACAUGGCCCUCAACUACUCAGUGGGGCUGAGUGAAGUGGAAGAACACAUCAAGAACUACAGACCCCAGUGCCUGGUGCUGACAGGCCCUCCCAAUUUCCGCCCGGCCCUGGUGGACUUCGUGGGGACGUUCACCAAGAACCUCAGCCUGAUGCUCUGCGGCAACGUGCUGAUCGGACCACGGAAGCAGAAGAUGCCGGAGUCCCGGCUGACGGCAGAUGGACACACCAAGUGGCUUACAAAGAGGAAGAUCAAGGCUUUCUACACAGAUGUGGUGGCUGAGGAUCUGAGAAGUGGUGUCCAAAUGCUCAUCCAGGCUGCCGGCCUCGGGAAGAUGAGACCCAACAUCCUGGUGCUGGGCUACAAGAGGAACUGGCGGACGGUGUCCCCACAGAGCCUGGAGGACUACGUGGGCAUCCUGCAGUAUGGCCACACUGGAUCCUCUGCCCCUGGGGACACCCGGUGGGGCCCUGUGGUUGGGUGUGGGGACACUGCAGCCACAUCUUCAGGGUCUGGCCAGGCUGGCAGUGCCACCCAACACGAACGGGCCACCAUUAACUGCCUUCUCCCUCCUUCCAGCGACGCCUUCGAUUUCAAGUACGGCGUGUGCUUAAUGAGGAUGAAGGAGGGGCUGAACGUGUCCCGAGUGAUGCAGGCUCAUGUGAACCCCACCUUCGAGGCAGCCCAGCACCCCGAGGAGAAUGGCACCGGUGGCAAAGCAGCCCCGGGCACAGAAGACCCUUGCCCAGAUGCUUCGCCCAGCGAGCAGCAGGCCAGCACCAUCUUCCAGAGCGAGCAGGGCAAGAAGACCAUCGACAUCUACUGGCUCUUUGACGAUGGAGGUCUCACACUGCUCAUCCCUUACCUGCUGGGGCGCAAGAAGCGGUGGGGCAAGUGCAGGAUCCGGGUGUUCGUGGGCGGGCAGAUCAACAGGAUGGACGAGGAGAGGAAGGCGAUCGUCUCUCUGCUCAGCAAGUUCCGCCUGGGCUUCCAUGAGGUCCACAUCCUCCCCGACAUCAACCAGAAACCCCGGCUGGAGCACGUCAAGAGGUUCGAGGACCUGAUCGCUCCCUUCAGGCUGAACGACGGCUUCAAAGACGAGGCCACGGUGAACGAGAUGAGGCAGGGCUGUCCCUGGAAGAUCUCUGAUGAGGAGGUCAACAAAAACAGAGCCAAGUCGCUCCGGCAAGUGAGGCUGAACGAGAUUUUGCUGGAUUACUCGCGGGACGCGGCGCUCAUUGCCAUCACGCUGCCCAUCGGCAGGAAGGGUCGCUGCCCCAGCUCCCUCUACAUGGCCUGGCUGGAGACCCUCUCGCAGGACCUGAGACCCCCCGUCAUCCUCACCCGCGGCAACCAGGAGAACGUGCUGACCUUCUACUGCCAAUAAAGGCUCCUGCAGCCCUGC